GUUGAUCUCAGUUCCCCCUCCUUGGACCGAUAUCAAGACCUUGCACGCAGCCAUGGGUGACCCCUCUGGUACUCAAGAACUGCCAGAGCGCGUCUUGCACCGCGACCUUUUCGAAUAUGCUCAACGGCCACGUACCGAUGGACCGUAUGCCGACAACCUUGAUGUCGACGUCCUCAUAAUUGGUGCAGGGUUUGGUGGCACGUACAUGCUGUAUGAGAUGCGCAAAGCUGGCUUUAAGACUGUCCUAUAUGAAGCGGGCACCAGCUUCGGAGGCACUUGGAGGUGGAAUGUCUAUCCGGGUGCGCGUGUUGACAGCGAAGUCCCUAUCUACCAGCUAGCCAUCCCCGAAGUAUACAAGACAUGGACAUGGACUACAAAUUACCCAGACUGGCGCGAGCUACAAGCAUACUUUGAUCAUUGUGACAAGGUGCUGAACCUAAGCAAGGACUGCGCAUUCGGUAGCGUGGCUACGUCUGCCGAAUUUGACACAAACUCGGGGAAAUGGACAGUCAAGACUGCAGAUGGCCGUACGGCCAAAUGCAAGUAUCUCAUCAUAGCCGCAGGCUUUGCCGCGAAACGGUACAUCCCGGACUAUCCCAGCAUGGAGAAGUUCCAGGGCAUCAUGCAUCACUCCUCGUUCUGGCCAGUUGAGGGUGUCGACGCCCGCGGGAAGAAGGUCGCCGUCAUCGGGACGGGAGCAAGUGGUGUCCAGAUCAUCCAAGAAUGGGGACCCCAAGUCGAACAUCUCACCGUCUUCCAGCGCACACCAAACCUGGCACUGCCCAUGGGCAAGAAGGAUCUGUCCGCGCAAGACCAAGAAGCCCUCUACCCGGCCUACCAUGAUCUGAUGCGCAUGCGCGAAUUAAACUUUGCCGGCUUCACCUACGAGUUCGAGGAGCGUAACACAUUCGAAGACUCGCCCGAGGAGCGCGAGGCCCUGUACGAAGCCCUGUGGAAGAAAGCCGGUUUCGGCCUCUGGCUCGGCUCGCACAAGGACUACCUGUUCGACCUCAAAGCCAAUCGGUGCGUGUACGACUUCUGGCGCAAGAAGCAAAUGACCCGGAUCAAGAAUCCUGAGAAGCGCGAGAUAUUGUGCCCCGCAGAGCCGCCGCACCCAUUUGGCGUGAAACGGCCGUGUCUCGAGCAGAAUUUCUACGAGGUCCUGGACGCCGAUAACGUAACGAUUGUGGAUAUCGGCAGCAAGUCGGGCAAUGCCAUUGCCGAAUUCACAGAGAAGGGCAUCAAGACGACCGAUGGGAAGGAGCAUGAAUUCGACAUCAUCGCGCUGGCGACAGGGUUCGAUAUCACGACCGGUGGCAUGACGAACAUGGGACUGAAGAGCAUUCACGGCACGACGCUGCAUGAUGAAUGGAAGAAGGCGGCAUACACGUACCUCGGAACCACGAUCGCGGGUUAUCCGAAUAUGUUCCAUCUAUAUGGUCCACACGGACCGACGCUGUUGGCCAACGGGCCGAGCGCUGUCGAAGUGCAAGGGCGCUGGAUCCGUGAUGCUAUCAAAUUGGUCGAUCGGCAAGGGCUCAAGUACAUCAACCCGACGCAGGAGGCGAGUCAGAAGUGGAAGCAACGGAUCAACGAGUUGAGUGAUAUCACACUCUUGCCGACCACGAGGAGCACGUACAUGGGUGGCAGUGUCCCGGGCAAGGCGUUCGAGCAGGUCAACUAUGCGGGAGGCAUACCGGCGUAUGUCAAGGAGAUCAGGGCCGUGUUACCCUCGUUUCAAGGGUUCGAGACUGUCAAGGCUUGAUAAGGGGGCCGCAGUCUUGCCUGACCUAGUAGGAUGGCUAACGUUAGUAAAGGCAAUAGGAGAACACGAUGAAAGAAGAAAGUGUAGGGUCGGUGGCCGCACGGCCGGGCACGAGUCUUGAGGCAUGCGGUGGCGGUACUCGUAUGCCUGGUCGAUGAUUCGAGGCCUGAAAGGAAGCCUUGCAGAAUGGGAAAUGCACACAAUCUUGAGUAGUUGGUGAAAGGCGCGAGAAUAGUCGAAUAUGGCGAGCAGCCAAUUUAUUGGAAUUGAGCACUUGCUAAUUUAGAGAUUGAGCGUUGACAUGGCAAUCAUUUUGUAUCGUUC